UAUCCCGAGGUUGUGCUUGUACUCUGUAAGUGUCAUCAGUGUGUGUACUGCGAGUGUACCCUGUGUACUGUGAGUGUACUCCGUGUGUACUCUGUGUUAUCAGCUUCGUGUGCGUCUGACAACGGCGCUAUGGCAAUUCCUGCUACGACUCUGUUGGCGAUGACGGUUGUGCACGUGCUGGGAUCGUGGCAUCACGUGACCGCGCGCUCCUUCCACCAAACCCCAAAGGGAUUGCCGUGGUCGGCGGCGAUGACCUACUGCAAGACGUACCACACGGAGCUGCUGGUGCUGCGCAGCGUUGACGAGCUGGACCACCUCAACGCCCUCUACCCGCCGCGCAAAUUCAACUACUGGCUGGGCCUCCGCAAGGUCCCGUCCGGCUGGCAGUGGAUAUCGUCCGGCGGGGCGCCCCUCGGCCAGGGGGUGGCCCAGUGGGGCCCCGGGGAGCCCAACAAUAUGGGCGGGCAGCAGGCGUGCGCCGACGUGGCGCUGGGCAAGAGUGCCCCCCGCGGACCGAGGGCCCCCCUCAACGACGCCAUCUGCAACAUGGCGAAGUUUGGCGUUUGCGCUCAAGACUCGUGUGUGCCAGGCGCGUGCCCAGAGGGGUCCCGCUGCAUGGAGACGGUGGGGGCAUUUAAAUGCCUGGUCCUGGGAGAGGCGCUCGCAAACAAUUCGUAUACAGCACCGCCGUCAUCACCACCACCAUCAUCACCAACAACAUCGCCACCAUCAUCACCGACAACAUUAUCAACGUCAUCGCCAACAACACCAUCACCAACAACAACAUCAUCACCAACAACACCAACAACAUCAUCAACAUCAUCACCAACAACACCAUCACCAACAACAACAUCAUCAUCACCAACAACACCAUCACCAACAACAUCAUCACCAACAACAUCGCCACCAUCAUCACCAACAACAUUAUCAACGUCAUCGCCAACAACACCAUCACCAACAACAUCAUCAUCACCAACAACACCAUCACCAACAGCAUCAUUAACAUCAUCGCCAACAACACCAUCACCAACAACAUCAACAUCAUCGCCAACAACACCAUCACCAACAACAGCAUCAUCACCAACAACACCAUCACCAACAACAUUAUCAACGUCAUCGCCAACAACACCAUCACCAACAACAACAUCAUCACCAACAACAUCAUCACCAACAACACCAUCACCAACAACAUUAUCAACAUCAUCGCCAACAACACCAUCACCAACAACAUCAUCAACAUCAUCGCCAACAACACCAUCACCAACAACAACAUCAUCACCAACAACACCAUCACCAACACCAACAACAUCACCAACAACAACAACAUCAUCGCCAACAACACCAUCGCCAACAACACCAUCACCAACAACAACAUCAUCACCAACAACACCAUCGCCAACAACAUCACAACCACCAUCAUCGUCACCAUCAUCUGCAAUGCCCCCAUCAUCAUCAUUACCAUCAUCAUCACCUUCAUUUCUGUCACCCACAUCCUCAUUGAGGUCGGAACCAUCAUCAAAACCACCACCAUCAUCACAACUUCCACCACCAUCACCAACAUCAUCGCCCAGCGCUGGACCCAAGCCGGUGCUCCACUCGAGUCACGUGGCUCUGCCGAAGAAUACCUCGAAGACAGAACCGUCACUCUCCUCCUCCUCCACCUCUUCCUCCUCUUCACCAUCCACGUCGUCGCCCAUCGCCGUGGGCUCCGCCCUGGCAGGCCUUUCCGCCAUGGGCGGCUCGGCCCUCUUCUUCCUCUACCGCAGGAGCCACAAGGUCGGCAAGUUCUCCCUGGUGUGAGCGGAAGCCCGGCACACCGCGUCCAUCAUUCCCCUCUCGCCACGGCUGUACACGCCGCAUGCUAACAGCAGCGUAACGAGCCUGGGGGGUGCCUUGACCCUGGUGGCUACUCGCUGCGUUGUCGCCUACUCCACACUUUACCAGCGACCUCGGAAAGCAUUUCAGCACCCGGCAUACCACGUCCAGGAUACACAUUCUUGCCGCGACUGCGGUGACGACUGUAAUGAACCUUCCAAGGCACUGAUUGAAGAUCGGUGCCCUGCGAUGAACCUUCCAAAGACGCCACCUGCCUUCUUUCCCUCUGUGUCUCAUACACUCCGCUGUGUAUUGUCAAGGAUGGGUCUUUAUGUGACUCCACGUGUCUCUGUUACAAGUCUAUGGGUCUCUGUGUGAGCACCGGUGGGUCCGCGAGUCUAUGGGUCUCUAUGUGACUCCACGUGUCUCUGUUACAAGUCUAUGGGUCUCUGUGUGAGCACCGGUGGGUCCGCGAGUCUAUGGGUCUCUAUGUGACUCCACGUGUCUCUGUUACAAGUCUAUGGGUCUCUGUGUGAGCACCGGUGGGUCCGCGAGUCUAUGGGUCUCUAUGUGACUCCACGUGUCUCUGUUACAAGUCUAUGGGUCUCUAUGCGAGUCCAUGGGUCUAUGUGUCAGGGGUCGGCAACCAAAAUAACAAGAAGAGCGAUUUUUGUUCUUCCGAAUUCGCUGAAAAAAAUUGCUCCGAAAUAUUUUAAGAGCCGCAACGCAUGUUUAUAACGUCACGAAGCAGUCGUUAAAGAGCCACAGGUUUGCCUGACCCCUGGUCUAUCUAAAUCAGAGUUGGGGAAGCUUUUCUCUGCCAAGGGCCAUUUAGAUAUUUAUAACAUCAUUCGCGGGCCAUACAAAAUUAUCAACUUUAAAUUAGCACCGUUAUAUUUGCUCAAACAUGUAAUUAACUCACCCCUAAUGCGAUGGCUGGAACUGCUUCUCUUUGGCGAGGCGUGUGAUGUUGGCUGGUAUUGAUGAUGUUGCUGCUACUCGCAACUGCUUUUCCAGGUUUGCUCCUAGAUCUAUUGAAUUUCGAGUCCCGCCUGCGGUUGAUUGCCUUGGCAGGGCCACACCAACGUUCCCCACCGCUGAUCUAAAUCAAUGGGUGUCUGCGAGUGCUCGGAUCUCUGUGUAGGAAUCGAAUUGAAUUCACCUCCGCUGAGCGCGGUUGGCUACGCACGGUACAAGGGAAGUUCAACACAACUGCGCACAGAUGCGUGAAUCGCGUUUAUAACUCUACAUCCGCAAUGUUAAAAACGUUCACUCGAGAACCACGUGUGAAUUAACCAUAACCGUACAACAAAAACAAAACCAGCAGGAAUCGUACUAAAAUUAUGAAUAAUUCGCCAAUAGGGAAGAUGAGGUUCGUGCCCUCUUGCUGGGAUCGUGUUAUCUCACAAUAACAACCCACAGACACAAGGACGUCGCCAGAGCCUCGGCAAAUUUUCGCUUGUGUGUGUUUGUGUGUGUUUGUGUGUUUAUGAAUCUCUUAAGCAUUAUUGGUGCCAAUUUUGACCCAAAACUCUACGCGUGAGCAUUUUGUGUUGGC